AUGGACCUGGGCACCCUGCCCAAGGACGACUCGGUGAACUCUCGCAUCCAGCGGACGAUAGAGAUGCACCGCGUCACCUUUAAAAUCGACCGCCAGGACAUCUCCGGCGACACUGUCGGAGUCACCAUCUCGUACUCGAACAGCAGACUAGAAAUGGACGUGGACAAAUGGUUAAGUGAACGACGCAAUGUCCAACACAUCAGUAAAAACAAGACUUCCGUGCGGCAGAAAAUGGCAUUAAAUUUCUCUCUUCUAGACGAGGUGAUUUAA